UCCCAUCAGUGAGAGAGAUACCGAGGACAAAAUGGCCAUGUCAGCCCCACUACGGAACCUGGAAGAGGAGGUGACCUGUUCUAUCUGCUUCGAUUACCUGCGGGACCCUGUGACCAUUGACUGUGGCCAUGUCUUCUGUCAAAACUGUAUCACUGAUGUUCGCCCCACCUCUGGCCUCCUUGUGUGUCCCCUCUGCAAGAAGCCAUUUAAGAAGGAGAACAUCAGACCAGUGUGGCAGCUGGCCAGUCUGGUGGAGACCAUUGAGCGGCUGAAGGUGGACAAGGGCACGCAACAGAGCACAAUGGCCCCGCAGCAGCAGAACAUAAUGUUGUGUGAGCGGCACGAGGAGAAGUUGCACUACUACUGUGAGAACGAUGGGAAGCUGCUGUGUGUGCUAUGCAGGGAGUCCCGGGAACACAACUCCCACACAGCUGUCCUGCUGGAGAAGGCUGCCCAGCUCCACCGGGAGAAAAUCCUGAGCCACUUGAGUACCCUAAGGAGAGACAGAGACUCAAUUCAGGGAUUUCAGACGAAGGCGGAAACUGAUAUCAUGGCUGUACUGAAAAAGCUUCAGGGCCAGAGGCAGUGCAUCAUAGCUGGAUUUGAAGAGGUCCACCAGUUCCUGAGGGAACGAGAGAAGCACCUGCUGGACCAACUGGAGACCCUGGAACAGGAGAUCACCAAGGGCAAGGAGAAGGGCAAGGACAGGAGCAACGUAGAGCUUUCCCGGCUGGCACUGGCUAUCUCUGAAUUGGAGAGCAGGGCACAGCAGCCCGCUGCAGCGUUCAUGCAGGAUACCAGAGACUUCUUGAAGAGGUACCCACGAAAGAAGUUCUGGGUUGGAAAAUCCAUUCGUCCUGUGGUGAAAAAAAGGACAGAAGAACUUUCAGACAAAAUUAUGUCUCUGCAGCAAGGCCUGAGAGAAUUCCAAGGGAAACUGCUGAGAGACUUGGAAUAUAAGACAGUGAGUGUCACCCUGGACCCGAAGUCAGCCAGUGGAUACCUCCAACUGUCAGAGGACUGGAAGUGUGUGACCUAUAGCAGCCUGUACCAGAAUGCUUAUCAAUACCCACAGCAGUUUGACUAUGAGCCGGGGGUGCUGGGCAGUAAGGCCUUCACCUCAGGCAAGGUCUACUGGGAAGUGGAGGUAGAAAGGGUCAGCUGGCUCGAGGAUGAAGAGGAGGAGGGGGAAGAAGAGGAGGGAGAAGAAGAAGAGGAGGAAGAGGAGUAUGGUUAUGGAGAUGGAUAUGACUGGGAAACGGAUGAAAAUGAGGAAGAUGAGGAAGAUGAGGAAGAAGAGGAAGAAGAGGAAGAAGAGGAAGAGGAAGUAGAGAAGGAGGAGGAAGUCCAGGGAAGUUGCAUGGUGGGAGUGGCCAGAGAGUCCAUGAAGAGAAAGGGAGACCUCACUCUGAGGCCAGAAGAUGGGGUGUGGGCCCUGUGCCUCUCCUCAGCGGGCAUCUGGGCCAACACUUACCCAGAGGCUGAGCUCUUCCCAUCACUGCAACCACGGAGAGUGGGGAUUGCCCUGGAUUAUGAAGGGGGCACUGUGACUUUUACUAAUGCAGAGUCACAAGAACUCAUCUACACCUUCACCACCACCUUCACUCGGCGCCUGGUCCCCUUCCUUUGGCUCAAGUGGCCGGGAACACGACUCCUACUGAAACCCUGAGCCCUUUUCUCAACUACACAUGCACAGAUGCUUCACUUCUCUGAAACUCCAAGACUUACUGAUUAGUCAGGAGUUGUGCUGGUCAGAGAACCUGCAGCUGCAAAGAGAAGGGUC